AUGGGAAGCAGACGGCAUGCCAACUGCAUUUUUACUAUUGUCAGCUGCCCAGGGGCUGGGGGCUGCAGGGCGGCCUCUGUGAGGAGAGGCCUCCUCUGUGAGGAGAGCCCUCGGCUGCCCUGUGCCAGAUGUGGCCGGUUCCAGCCGGCUCCAGCCAACCCACCGCAGGGCACAGUUGAGCUUAGCAGCCAAGAUGGUGGCGCCUGUGUGAUGAUGUAUUUGAGAGAGAGUAAAAAAUGCUCUGUGGCAGCUCGGUAUUUUCUUGUUGGAAGUAAUCCUGCAGAAACCAAAUACCGUGUUUUGAAAAUAGAUCGCACUGAACCAAAGGACUUGGUUAUAAUUGAUGAUAAGCAUGUGUAUACGCAACAAGAGGUGAGGGAACUUCUUGGACGUUUAGACCUGGGAAACAGAACAAAGAUUGGGCAGAAGGGCUCUUCUGGGUUAUCUCGAGCUGUCUCUGCUUUUGGUGUAGUCGGUUUUGUCAGGUUUUUAGAAGGCUACUACAUUGUGUUAAUAACAAAAAGAAGAAAAAUGGCAGAUAUUGGAGGUCAUGCAAUAUAUAAAAUAGAAGAUACGAAUAUGAUCUACAUUCCAAAUGACUCUGUAAGAGUCACUCAUCCUGAUGAAGCCAGGUAUCUGAGAAUCUUUCAAAAUGUGGACCUUUCUAGCAACUUCUAUUUUAGUUACAGCUAUGAUCUAUCUCACUCCCUUCAGUAUAAUCUUACUGUCCUGAGAAUGCCACUUGAGACACUGAAAAAUGAAACAACUCAGACCCGACAAGAGAGUUUUGAUAUAUUUGAGGAUGAAGGACUUUCAACACAGGGUGGAAGUGGUGUAUUUGGGAUUUGCAGUAAGCCUUAUGAAAAGUAUGUGUGGAAUGGCAAGCUUCUAGAUGCAGUAAAAAAUACUAUUCAUCGUGACUGGCUGCUGUAUAUUAUUCAUGGAUUUUGUGGGCAAUCAAAACUGUUAAUAUACGGUCGCCCUAUAUAUGUCACUCUGAUAGCCAGAAGAUCAAGCAAAUUUGCUGGCACACGCUUUCUGAAACGAGGAGCAAACUGUGAGGGCGAUGUUGCUAAUGAAGUGGAAACUGAGCAAAUACUUUAUGAUGCGUCAGUUAUGUCAUUUUCUGCGGGGAGUUAUUCUUCUUAUGUUCAGGUUCGAGGAUCAGUCCCUCUGUACUGGUCUCAAGAUAUUUCAACUAUGAUGCCUAAGCCACCCAUAACAUUGGACCAAGCAGAUCCUUUUGCACACGUUGCUGCUCUUCACUUUGACCAAAUGCUUCAGAGAUUUGGCUCUCCCAUUAUUAUUUUGAAUCUUGUGAAG